UGUUUUCUUCGGAAAAAAUAAAUAAAAAUAAAAUAAUAAAUAAAUAAAUAAAUAAAGCAAAUAAAAUUGUAUAAGAAAAAAAAAAAAACUUUCUCCCAUUCAUCUUAAUAAAUCAAAACCAAAAUUAAAGCAUAAGAAGAAAAAACAAGAAUAAGUGUCAACAGUAAGGGGGGUGAUGGGUCAAGACGAGGGGAAGCCAAAGUGGGGGGCGCAGAUCCCCGCUCACCACCACCACCACCACCGCCUCAUCCCAGGGGUCACCAGUGCCUUCAGGGAGACCGUAUGUAUUUCCAUCAACUGGAAUGAAGGAACUGGUGUGUCAUAGGUGGAGUCUAAGUACUUCCCACACCAAUUCAUCAAUAGAAUCAAUACUGACAUCAAUACACUGACGAGGUGAUGGUGUGGGGAGGUGACAGGUGACUGCUCGCUGGCACACCUCUGUCAAGAUGCUGGGCCGCAAGCAGAGCCUCCGAGGGGACCACAUCCUGGUUGACUAUGGCCCUGAGGAGACUCUCAAUGAGAGUGUUGAGAUUGAGUGGGCCAACAAGCGAUGGAUCCGAUGGCUGCUCAGGAUCUGCUCCCUGGUGUCCCUGGUGUCAGUGUCGGCCAACACCCCAAAGUCCAAAGAGAUGUACCCAAGCCUCAAGUACAUUACUUUUUGUUCUGACCUUGCCAUCACUUUCUUCUUCACUGUGGAGAUGGUUGCCAAGAUGCAGGCCAGAGGCAUCUUGAAGGGUGAAGGAUCGUACUUGAAGGACCGCUGGUGUCAGUAUGAUGCCAGCAUGGUGUUCUUCCUGUGGAUCUCCGUCAUCCUGCAGAUGUUUGAGGAGAUGACUAACUGGGUGGAGAAGCACAGCUACCUCUCCAUCCUGCGUGCUCCAAGGCCACUCAUUGUGGUUCGCCUCAUCCGUAUCUUCCUAAAGUUCUCCAUGCCCAAGAAUAGACUCAAGCAGAUCAUUAAGCGAUCCAGUCAACAGAUAUACAAUGUCACACUGUUCUUCUUGUUCUUCAUGUCACUUUAUGGUCUGCUUGGGGUACAGUUGUUUGGUGAGCUGCGGAACCACUGCAUUAAGAAUGACACUACUGAUGAUAAAAUCUCCCUCAAUAUGUUGGCCAUCCCAGAUACCUUUUGUUCAAGACAGUCAGACUCAGGCUACCAGUGUCCUGAGGGAAUGAAGUGUGCACCACUUGAUCUUUCUAAGAAUGUCAGUGGCUUCAAUGGGUUUGAUGAUUUUGCCACAAGCAUCUUCACGGUGUACCAGGCAGCAUCUCAGGAGGGCUGGGUCUUCAUCAUGUAUCGAGCCAUCGACUCGCUGCCCGGAUGGCGAGCCACGUUCUUCUUCACCACCAUGAUAUUCUUCCUUUCGUGGCUGGUGAAGAAUGUUUUCAUUGCUGUCAUCACAGAGACCUUCAAUGAGAUGAGGGUGCAGUUCCAGCAGAUCUGGGGCAUGCGGGGACACAUUGAACAGGAGACCACAACACAGGUUCUGCUGGGUGACGAUCAUGGGUGGAAGCUGCUCCACGUGGAUGACAACAAGCCUCGUGGAUGGGCCCCCAAGUGGUGCAUGAAGGUGGUGGUCAGUGCUGGGUAUUACAUGCUCAUCAUGGCAGCCAUUGUCACUAAUGCUGUGGCUGCUGCCUCUAUUAGCUUCAAGCAUGAUGGCAGGGAGAGAAAAGUGUUUUAUCAGCAUUAUUAUUACAUGGAGGUUGGCUUUACAAUCUUCUUUAACUUGGAGACAAUCUUCAAGAUGUGGUGUCUAGGGCUGCGGGGAUACUGGCGCCUCAGCAUACACAAGUUUGAGCUGCUCCUGGCGGUUGGCACCACACUCAGGCUCUGCUCAGAUCUUUUCAUGACUCCAUUGACAUACUUCCAGGUUCUCCGCAUUGUGCGACUCAUCAAGGCAUCACCCAUCCUGGAAGACUUUGUGUACAAGAUAUUUGGUCCUGGAAAGAAGCUGGGAAGCCUGAUCCUGUUCACUAUGUGCCUCUUGCUCAUUGCUUCCUCCAUCUCCAUGCAGCUCUUCUGUUUUCUCGAUGAUUUUGACAAGUUUGAAACAUUUGCUCAUGCUUUUAUGUCCAUGUUCCAAAUCCUAACCCAAGAAGGUUGGGUUGAGGUAAUGGAUGAAACCAUGAUCAAAACCAUGAGGGGAACCAAGGAUGGGAUAGCUCCUGUUGUGGCCAUCUACUUCAUCCUCUACCACCUUUUUGUCACUCUGAUUGUGCUGAGUUUGUUUGUGGCUGUGAUUCUCGACAACUUGGAACUCGAUGAGGACUUCAAGAAACUGAAGCAGAUGAAGGCACGAGAGCAGAGUGCUGGCAUUCAGGAGACUCUGCCCCUCCGUCUCAGAGUCUUUGAGAAAUUCCCAGACCGGCCUACCAUGGCCAGGCUUCACAAAGUGCCCUCCGAUUUCUCUCUUCCCAAGGUGCGGGAAAGCUUCAUGAGGCAGUACUUGGAGGAGGAGCAGGAAGACGAGGAUGGGAUGGCCAAGGUGCGAGGUGUUGGGGGGCCUGAAGACUCAACAAUAUCCUUCAGGAAGCGCCGUCCAAUCAAACUGCUGACAUCAUUAUCUCACCCUCGGAAUGCUGACUAUGAGAAGAAGAAAAGAGGCGUUGCUAAUAUAAUCUGUGAUGCCAACAACCAAAGAUUGCUUCUGGGAGACUCAGGACAGAUUCCCUUCCCUGGCAAAGGUCUUCAGCCUUACGGCACAAUUCGCAAGCACAGGUUGGAUCAAAAGUCCAUCCGCCGCAGUAUGCGCAGUGGCUCAGUGAAGCUCAAGCAGCAGAAUUAUGACCACCUCAAGGAGAAUGGGGACAUUGGAACCAUGAACAGGACCUCAGCAAGUCGCAAAGUUCAAGAUCUGGACAUCAAAAUGCUACAAGCAAAGAGGCAACAGGCAGAGAUGAGAAGGAACCAGAGGGAGGAAGAUCUGAGGGAAAACCACCCAUACUUUGACACUCCGCUGUUUGCUGUAGGACGUGAAAGUCGCUUCAGAAAGUUCUGUCAGCUCAUUGUACACUCUCGCUAUGACACAAGCCACAAAGACCCAAUCACAGGAAAGGAGAGGAAGAUCAAAUACAAACGACUGCACAAUCUGCUGGGUUUGGUAACAUACCUGGACUGGCUUAUGAUCCUGGUGACCACACUGUCCUGCAUCUCUCUCAUGAUGGAGAAUGCCAAGUACCGGGUAACACAGGAACCCAUGUUGCAGAUUGCAGAGUAUGCCUUUGUUGUUUUUAUGAGUCUUGAGCUGGGCCUCAAGAUCCUGGCUGAUGGUCUGCUCUUCACGCCCAAGGCCCUGAUCAGAGACAUGGCUGGUGUCCUGGAUCUCUUCAUAUACACUGUAUCCUUGGUGUUUGCAUGUUGGAUGCCAGACCUGGUGCCUCCUCAGUCUGGGACACAGCUGUUGCUCAUCUUGCGCUGUCUGCGGCCGCUGCGGAUCUUCAAUCUGGUGCCACACAUGCGCAGAGUUGUGUCAGAACUCUGCAAAGGUUUCAAGGAAAUUUUGUUGGUAUCAGUGCUGCUCAUAGUCCUGUUGUUUGUGUUUGCAAGUUACGGUGUUCAGAUGUAUGGAGGCAGACUGGCACGAUGCAACGAUGAAACAAUAACAGAUCGUAAGGACUGUGUGGGAGUGUUUGUCCGCAAGAUUUUUGUUACCAAGAUGAAGCUGGAACCUCUGGAAAAUGAGAAGUACCCAGCCAUGUUGGUGCCUCGUGUCUGGGCCAACCCUCGGCGCUUCAACUUUGACAACAUAGGGAAUGCCAUGCUGGCCCUGUUUGAAGUGCUUUCUUUCAAGGGCUGGCUAGAUAUUCGUGAUGUGUUAAAAAUUCGUCUUGGCAUCGCUUCCACCAUCUACAUUCACAUCUUUGUCUUUCUGGGGUGCAUGAUUGGCCUCACACUAUUUGUGGGUGUGGUCAUUGCCAACUACUCUGAGAACAAAGGAACAGCACUCCUCACUGUGGACCAGCGGCGCUGGUGUGAUCUGAAGAAGAGAUUGAAAAUUGCCCAGCCCCUUCACCUUCCUCCGCGUCCCGAUGGCAGGGCCUUCCGUGCCUUCAUCUACGACAUUACACAGAAUAUUUACUUCAAGCGCUUUGUUGCCAUCUCAGUCAUCAUAAACAGCAGUCUCCUCUCUGUUGCUUGGAAGCAAGAAGAGGAGCGCACCAAGACCCUGGCUGUGGUGUCCUCCCUCUUGAACUUGGUGUUUGUGGUGGAGGUGGUGAUGAAGCUGAUUGCCUUCACUCCAAGGGGCUACUGGCAGAGCCGGCGCAACCGCUAUGACUUGUUUGUGACCAUGCUUGGGGUGGUGUGGAUAAUCCUGAACUACACUGUGCAGACUGAUGAGUCCCACAUGUUUGGGUUUAUGGUGAACAUCCUGAGGUUCUUCACCAUCACGGGAAAGCAUGCCACGCUCAAGAUGCUCAUGCUGACAGUAGGCGUCUCAGUGUACAAGAGUUUCUUCAUCAUCAUGGGCAUGUUCCUCCUCAUCCUCUCAUAUGCCCUGGCCGGCUGCAUUCUCUUUGGCACCGUCAAAUAUGGGGAGGGCAUUGGGAGGCAAGCAAACUUCCAGACGGCCACCAAUGGCAUCACACUCCUGUUCCGCAUCGUGACUGGGGAGGACUGGAACAAGAUCAUGCAUGACUGUAUGGUAGCACCUCCCUUCUGUACUCCAGGGCUUAACUACUGGGAGACUGACUGUGGCAACUUCACUGGCUCUCUCAUUUUCUUCUGCUCUUUCUAUGUCAUCAUCACAUACAUUGUCCUGAAUUUACUUGUAGCUAUCAUCAUGGAGAACUUCUCUUUGUUCUACUCCAAUGAAGAGGAUGCUUUGUUAUCAUAUGCUGACAUUCGCAAUUUUCAAAAUACUUGGAACAUUGUUGAUGUCAACCAGCGAGGGGUCAUUCCUGUCAGAAAGGUGAAGUUCAUCCUGCGACUUUUAAAAGGAAGACUGGAAGUGGACCCUGAGAAAGAUCGUCUCCUCUUCAAGCACAUGUGUUAUGAACUGGAGCGUUUGCAUAAUGGGGACGAUGUGACCUUCCAUGAUGUGCUCAACAUGCUGUCAUACCGGAGCGUUGACAUCCGCAAGUCCCUGCAGCUGGAGGAGCUCCUUGGCCGAGAGGAGCUGGAGUACAUCAUUGAGGAGGAGGUGGCCAAGCAGACCAUACGCAACUGGCUGGACAACUGCCUCAAGAAGAAAAGUGCUAAGAAAGAGCAAAUCAGUGAUAUUCAGAUGGGUGUAGAUGAGGACAAGAAGGUGCCAAUUCCUGAUAAGGAGGACCCUGAACCAAAAGAGGGUGAGCAGCCCAGGGAGAGAAAGAAAGGAAUGAUUGUGACUUGCACUGAAUCCAUAAGCAGCAUCCAGGAGGGAGGGAGGAAGUUCUUGGCUCCCACACCCUCAGACUCGUCCCAGAGAGGAGAGAAACAUACCCGUCAUGACUCCAAGUCCAGGAAAACCAGGCCUGCAGGAACUAAUAAAAACUUGCCACAUUUGAGUGAAGGAGGAGAGGGAGCACCAGCAAGCCUCACUGGCCAGCUGAGCAGUGACAUCAAGGCUGUGCUACCCCGCUCAGCCUCAGGCUCGGGGGAGGUGCGGGACUGGUGGAGGGAGCAGGUUGGCUACAAUUCUGGCUCAGAUGUUUCAGAUGAGAUGGAGGAUGAUGUUUAGAAUGUUGUGGAGGGAAGCAGUAGUCCCACAGCUCAUGUGUCUGCCCACAGCUGGCCUGAGUCUAUUUGACAUAAGUCAAAUAAUGAGUAAUUUCAUAUGUGAAGAAGGAAAGGUGGACAAGAGAAGAUAGAAUGUUCUGCUUAACUAUCAAGAAUGAAUGGCAGUGUUACCUGUCAGCAGAUAUGUGAAGGCUGCAGGAUUCUUGCUUAUGAUUGUACAACUCGUGUGUGAUUGUUCCCUUACGAUGGAUAUCAACAAGACCAAUAGAUAAUAUAUUACAUAUAUUGUUGUAAUAAUUACAAAAAAUAUAUAUUGAUAUAUUUAUAGAAAUAUUUAUAAGUGUAUACUUAUUUACAUGCAGUUUUUUGUUGGAAGUUUGUAGGUGGAAUUAAUCAAGUAGUUGUGAAUGUGUAAUUAUAUAAAUCUAAGAUGAUAUUCUAGUCAUUAUCAUAACUGUUUAUUGAAUGGUGUCAAGGAGGCAAGUGCAGGGAUUAAGAAUCUUGCUGAAUAUAUUUUUAUAACAGAAAUGUGCCAAUCAUAAGAAUACUACGUACAAAUGGCUGUUACUUAUGUAUGAAAUAUACCAAA